AUGACUCAAAAAAUUAUGCUCUUUUGCAUUCUCGAUGGCGACUCUUCCGCAUUUAAAGUCCAAUUGGAUGCUGAUGACUCAAUUGCUGCUCUCAAAAAAGCAAUCAAGAAGGAAAAAGAAAACGACUUCCGAGAGAUUGUUGCCGACAAAUUGAAUCUCUGGCAUGUCUCCAUCGUAAUCGGAGACGAUGAGGACGAAAAAACCAUUACACUUUCAGAACACCCAAAUGCAAAAAAGCUUUGUGCAACAAGCAAGAUCUCUGAGAUUUUCGGCACUACACCAGAAAAGAAAACCAUACACGUCGUUGUCCAGAGGCCGUCGGCAGAUCCGUCUACUUCCACUUCGAGCGUUUUUGACCGCGAGAUAGUGAUGCUCAUAGGCGCACGUGCCUCUGGAAAAACAACACGGUUGUAUCGACUUAUCACCCAAUUAGCUGACUUUGGAUAUCGCUGCCUCCCACUAUCAUUUGAGGGAGUUGCCGUUGGCAAUAAUGAGCCUGAUUUCUGGAAAACUUUUGGAAAUGCUCUUCGCCGCAACUAUAAAGUCGAUGAUAUUACAACCAAACGAGAUUUUCUCGAUGCUUUCGGUCGAACUAAAUUCAAGGACGAGAAGAUUGUCAUCUUGGUUGACGAGUUUGAUUUACUGUUUAACGCAAGCGACGAGAUCCGCAACCAAUGCUUACAGGCGUUUCGAGCAAUCCGACAGAACAACCAUUUAUACGCCAUUGACAGUAUUGUCUUAUGUGGAACCUUUAGUCUUCAGCACCUUAGCACAACAGGUCAACACAUAGCCCCGUUCAAUGUCAACAUACUAUCAGGAACCCGUAUUUCACUCUUGAUCAAACGCGGCAGCUCUUUAAUGACUAUGCGAAUGAUGAGAUGA